AUAUAAGGCAUCUUCUGCUAUUUUUACUUGAUUAAAAAGUAGAUGUAAGUUGGAAGCGAUACAUAUAUCAUCAAUGGACUCCAUCAUCACUAUGGAUGAUCAUGAAGAUGAAGCUGAUCAUCAAGAGCAAGAUCACGUGGUGUCAGGAGAGAGAUUGAGAUUGUACGAAUGCAUAUUCUGCAAGCGCGGGUUCACCACAGCACAGGCUUUGGGUGGACACAUGAACAUCCACAGGAAAGACAGAGCUGCUAAGGGUAGCCCUAACAAUGAUCUGAGUAAUAAUAGUAAGCUACAUCGAGACCCUAGUACUUGCCAUGUAGUCCCUAGAUUCUAUCAGCCGGUUUUCUCAACUCCUAGUGAUCUUCCAUGUUUUUCAUCCACAUCAAGUACUCACGUGCGACCUAUAAACCACGGAAACAAUAAUCAUCAAGAUGUUCAUGGAGUGAUCACUAGUCCAUCAAGCUUACGCCUACAGUUUGGCUACAGGUCACAUGAUCAAAAUCCAAAAAGGACCAUUAAUGGAGGUGGAAAUGAAGAAGACGAACUGGAUUUGGAGCUUCGGCUUGGCCACGAUCCAUGAAAAUGAAAGCCUUCUUAAUUAAUACUAUAUUAUUAGUUUCAUAUGGACUGGCCAUGGCCCUCCAAAUGUCUUUUUGGUAAAUUUUUGGCAAAGGAAGCUUUGAAUUCCUUAAGGUAUAAUUAAUUAUGAUGUUUUUGAGGUAGAAAUCUUAGUUGUUUUCCAUCUUAGUUUAGGGUGGAUACGAGUCACGAGAUACAAUCAUUUUUAUGUUUUGCAUUAA